AUGGCAAAAUUAAUCGGAAACUCAAUUAUAAAGUUCACUGUACACUUCGGUUUACUACAGUGGGCAAUCAUGGCAGGUUUCCGGGUCGUUGUGCUGGCAACAAAUGAAAAUGCGGUUAGCUCUGUUUACUCGGACGGUCACAAUUACUUCAGGAUGAUCAACGAUUAUGAGCAUAUGGCUGAGGAUCAUCGGGCGGAGCAGAGGAUUAGUGAUCGUUCCGAUGCGUUUACACUCUCGAGUGAUCGUCGCAGUGUGGUGGAGUGUGGUGGAGUUUACAAACGGCUGCAGAGUGAGAUCCGGUCGCCUAGCUUCCCGAACGACUAUCAGGGACAUUUGCACUGCGAGUACACGUUCAAAUCGCCGUUUGUCUGUAGCAGUCAGUAUCACUUUCAGUUCGUUGAUUUUGCGCUGGAACCAUCGCGGAACUGUAGCAAAGAUCGUCUGGUGAUUGGGGACGAUGAAGUCCUCUGUGGCACGGUGAUAGGUUCGAAGCUGUACAAUGCACCUGGUGGUUUGUUGCGCAUGAAGUUUAUUACCGACGGAUGGGGCUCGGGGCGAGGAUUCCGUCUCCUUGUCACGAGACAACCGUGCAGUGAUGAUAAUGAGGCUGCCGAAUCUUCAACAGCAUAUUCCGUAUUCACCACAAUUCAGGUUGCUGAAGAAACAGAAUCGAGUGGUGAAGAGACGGCAACGGAAACGCCAGGAGAUGUUAAAAUUGUGAGCAGUCGACAAGACAUACCGCCCGAGUUUAACCCGGGAGGCAACGGAUAUCUACCUCCGGUGACUGCUCCAACUCCAACCUACCCAACGCCAACCUAUCCUCCGCCAAACUUUCCCUGUCCAGCGCCGUGUGCGUACUCACCAUGGGGAUGUUCUGCUCCAAACUACCCAUUAACGCCAAUUUAUCCACCCAGAUACCCUUGCGAUCCACGAGUUCAAUCAUGCACUCCUUCCUAUCCAAGUUAUCCUUCAUACCCACAACAACCUGUUCCAGUGCAACCGCCAAAUCCUCUCUGUCCGUCAACUCCAUGUGCCCCUGCACCAUCCGUUCCUCAAUAUCCUCAAUAUCCUCCCUAUUAUCCCGGCUAUCCAUCAGGACCAUCCGUCACAGAGGGCACUACAUCCCUUGGAGGACCUCCACCAGGCUAUCCGGUAAAGACGGAAGCAAAGCCCGAAUUCCCCGAACCCACAACGGAACGCGUUCCUCAGGGUGUUGAACCGGAGAACCAGGUUUCGUUUGUCCCUGGAAUUGGGCCUGCGUGCUGCAGAAAUGCUUUCAAUCAGCGACGCUUCUACCUCUCCAGUGGCAACUUCCCCUCACAGACGACCGUCAAUCAGGACUGCGUUGUGCAAGUACAGCGGAGCUCUCCCUACAUCUGCCGUCUGGUGAUUAUGUUCAAAUUUUUCCUCCUCGGCAACGAUCAGCUCCCGGGAUGUGCGGGUGGUUUCGUUGAGAUCGAUGGACAGCGUAUUUGCGGUUGCCGAACCGGGCAGGUCUACCGUACGGCAGACUUCGGUCCUUAUCCCACCAAAACGAUUCGCAUUCACUCGCAAGCGAAUCGUUUCCCCACCGUGCAAGGCUUCGUACUGGAUGUAUAUCAGGAAGAAUGUCCUCAACGGUUCCCACUGAAACGGAGCGAUGAGUACGGUAGGGUACGGUUUGUCCCGCAGAGUCAACCACAGCAAAACAACCGAUUCAGCUUCGAAAUGGCCCGUGUCGAGGGAGGACAGCUUGCCGUGCCGGUUCAAACCAUCCAAACGACCAACACAAGUCAACAGGUUACACACCAGUACUACGUCUACAAUCUAGAUGAUGCGAAACCAAUCACACGCCCGCCGGAUGUCCCAUUCGUGCCGGCCGAAAGUCAACAGCAGGUGCUACAGUACCGCCCAGGGGUUCCGAUUCCGGAGAAAUUCGUUCAGCUACCGUCUGCUUCGCAGCCGGGCGGACCGAACCGCUGUCUAUUUAGUUCGCUCGAUUGGCUUCGGUUAAAGCUGGACUGGCUGUGGAUCUUUAAGCCGUUGUGCUUACCUUGA